AUGAGUGAGUUUAUUUGCAGACAAAAUCUCACAGCUUAUCCAUGGGACAAUUCUUGCUUAAAAUCCAAGCCUUUGGACCUGAAGCAGUUUGAAAAAUUGGAUGCAUAUGCAAAAAAGGUGACUGCCAAGAGAACUGUGGAAGAGUUAGUGCAAACUUUGCUCCGUGUAGCACAUACUGAUCUGGAGAAAGUUAGGGCCAUUUGGAUGUGGAUAUCCCACCACAUUGAAUAUGAUGUUGUAGGUUUCCAUGAUAAAAAGAAUCAGUCUUACAAGCCCCAGGAUGUCCUUCAGAGUGGAAAGAGCAUUUGUGAGGGAUACGCCGGGCUCUUUGAACAAAUGUGCAGCAUUGCAGGGGUACACUGCAUGAAUUUAUCUGGUUAUUCCAAAGGCUAUGGCUACAGAACAGGGCAGACCUUUGAAGGAGCAUAUGACCACGCCUGGAAUGCAGUUUACCUUGAUGGAAGGUGGCAUUUGGUGGACAGCACUUGGGGGAGUGGCUUCGUUGAUGACCGUUGCAGCAAGUUUACCUCCAGAUACAAUGAAUUUUACUUCCUCACCCACCCCGCCCUCUUUAUUAAUAAUCACUUCCCAGGCAACGACAACUGGCAGCUACUCAAACCAACUGUGACAUUAAAACAGUUUGAAAAUAACAUGCUAUACAUGAGUAACUUUUACAAGAUGGGUUUGCUGGUGGCCCAUCCGGAAACACCGAUUAUUCAGACAGUAAAUGGAAAAGUCACAGUAGAGGUGGAGAGCCGUUCCCCAAUGCUGUUCACAUUUGGACUGAAAGGGGCAAAGGAAUAUAGCUUGAUGACUUUGAAGAGGAAUGGGAUGAAUCUGGAACUAUAUCCACAGAAGAUGGGGAGUCAUAAACUGCAAAUCUAUGCCAAACCACCCAAAGACUCUGAAGAAGUUUACAUCUGUGUCCUAGAAUACAACAUUGAAUGCAGCUCGGUAGACAGGAAUGUUUGUUUCCCAAAGGAACUCCAACAACCAGUUGGGCCCAGCUGGUUCACAGAGAGACAAGGGAUCCUCAGACCUUCACAAAAAGAUCCUGUUAUUCAUACUAAUGACGGCUGCUGCGACCUCAGUUUCAUCCUCAGUAAAGACUUGAGCGUUUUAGCCUCACUGCAGUCAGACAGUGUAAACCUCAGUGAGGAUGGGGGAAGACGGCAUAUCUUACAAAAAUGCCAAGGAAACCAAAUAAACUUUAAGAUCCAUCUUCCGCAUGCUGGAAAUUUUGCUUUCACAAUCUUUGCUAAGAAGAAGUCAGAUCCUGGUAACUAUAAAUAUGUCUUUAAUUACCUCAUCUGUUGCCCAAACACGAAGGUCAAAUGGCCAAUGUUCCCCCAGACUUAUAGCACGUGGGCAGAAAGCUAUGAACUAGUGGAGCCUCUGGCUGCAUUGCUACCAGCCAAUUGCAACAUCAAGUUCAAACUUAAACUUCACAGCAUUGCCAAAGCAUUUGUUCAAUGUGAAAAAAUCUACCCUUUGUCUCUUAGUAAGGAUGGCUACUGGGAAGGAUCCUGCAGCACUUCUGGCUGCACAAAGAUAUAUGUGAUGGUGUUGGAGAAUGCUAACCACAAAUUUUACUCACAUAUUUUGAAAUAUGAAGUUGAGCCACAGUAA